UCAGCAUCUCCAUGGUUUCGUUUCCGGGUGCGGGGGGAAGGAGAAGGAGGGUACGGUACCGUACGGUGGCUGAGGCGGCUCACGCCCUGCCGAAGGCGAACGGCGGCGGUGGCGGGGCUCAGCAUGGCGGCGCACCUGAAGAAGCGGGUGUAUGAGGAGUUCACUAAGGUCGUCCAGCAGCAGCAUGAAGAGAUCUCCGCCAAGAAGCUGCGGCUGACCAAGCCCAGUAAGUCGGCAGCGCUCCACGUAGAUCUGUGUAAGGCCACUUCGCCAGCAGACGCCCUGCAGUACCUGCUUCAGUUUGCCAGGAAGCCAGUGGAGGCGGAAAGCGUGGAAGGAGUUGUCAGAAUCUUGCUGGAGCAUUAUUACAAGGAGAACGAUGCCUCUGUGAGAUUGAAGAUUGCUUCCUUGCUAGGUUUGUUAUCGAAGACGGCAGGAUUUUCUCCAGACUGCAUUAUGGAUGAUGCCAUUAACACGCUUCAAAAUGAGAAGUCCCACCAAGUUCUUGCUCAGCUGCUGGAUACCCUGUUGGUGAUUGGGACGAAACUCACAGAGAACCCAGCUGUCAGAAUGAGACUGCUAGAUGUAGCCUGCAAGUAUCUGACGGACUCGUCCCAUGGUGUCAGAAACAAGUGCCUUCAGCUGAUUGGCUAUCUUGGAUCUGUGGAAAAAGGUGCCCCAAAAGAAGCUGAAAGCCUGGCUACCAAAGAUGUCCAGAAGAUAAUAGGGGACCACUUUAAUGACCAGGACCCUCGUGUUAGGACUGCAGCUAUAAAAGCUAUGCUGCAGCUACAUGAAAGAGGAUUAAAAUUGCAGCAGACUAUUUACAGUCAGGCUUGCAAACUGCUCUCAGAUGAUUAUGAACAGGUACGCAGUGCUGCAGUUCAGUUGAUCUGGGUCCUCAGUCAGCUGUAUCCUGAGAGCAUUGUACCAAUUCCUUCUUCCAAUGAAGAAAUUCGCUUAGUUGAUGAUGCAUUUGGAAAAAUAUGUCACAUGGUCAGUGAUGGCUCAUGGGUUGUUAGAGUGCAAGCUGCUAAACUGUUGGGAUCUAUGCAGCAAGUUAGUUCCCAUUUCUUGGAGCAGACACUUGACAAGAAGCUGAUGUCAGAUUUGAGGCGGAAGCGCACUGCACAUGAACGAGCCAAAGAGCUUUACAGCUCUGGGGAGUUUUCAAGUGGCAGAAAAUGGGGAGACGAUGCACCCAAAGAAGAAAUAGACACAGGCGCUGUGAACUUGAUUGAAUCGGGAGCUUGUGGGGCUUUUGUUCAUGGCCUGGAAGAUGAAAUGUAUGAGGUUCGGAUUGCUGCAGUUGAGGCCCUCUGUAUGCUGGCUCAGUCUUCACAAUCUUUUGCAGAGAAGUGUCUUGAUUUUCUAGUAGACAUGUUUAAUGAUGAGAUCGAAGAGGUAAGAUUGCAGUCGAUACACACGAUGAGAAAAAUCUCCAACAACAUAACGCUGCGAGAGGACCAGCUCGAUACCGUGCUAGCUGUCUUGGAGGAUUCCUCCCGAGAUAUUCGGGAAGCACUUCAUGAACUACUGUGCUGCACCAAUGUCUCGACUAAAGAAGGCAUCCAUCUUGCAUUGGUGGAGCUGCUGAAAAACCUAACCAAAUAUCCUACUGACAGAGAGUCCAUAUGGAAGUGCUUAAAGUUCCUGGGCUGCAGGCAUCCUACUCUGGUGCUUCCACUGGUCCCAGAGCUGCUGAGUACUCAUCCGUUUUUUGACACCCCAGAACCUGACAUGGAUGACCCAGCCUAUAUUGCUGUCCUGGUUCUCAUUUUUAAUGCUGCUAAAACUUGCCCAACAAUGCCAGCGCUGUUCUCGGAUCAUACUUUCAGACACUACGCCUAUCUUCGUGACAGUCUCUCUCAUCUUGUCCCUCCAUUGAGAUUGCCAGGUAGAAAACUAGUAUCCUCCCCUGUUUCCCCCAGUGUUACCCCUCAUGAAGAUCCUUCCCAGCAGUUCCUGCAACAGAGUCUUGAGAGAGUUUACAACCUUCAGCACCUAGACCCACAGAGCACACAGGAGCUGCUUGAAUUCACCAUUUGUGACCUUCAGAGGCUUGGAGAACUUCAGUCAGAACUGGCAGGGGUGGCAGACUUCUCCGCAACUUACCUUCGGUGUCAGCUGCUCCUCAUCAAGGCCCUCCAGGAAAAACUGUGGAAUGUGGCAGCUCCUCUCUACCUGAAACAGAAUGCUUUGGCAUCAGCUGCUGCAAAACAGAUUAUGGAAGAAACUUACAAAAUGGAGUUUAUGUACAGUGGAGUGGAAAAUAGACAAGUGGUCAUUAUUCACCACAUGAGACUGCAAGCCAAAGCGUUACAACUUAUAGUGACUGCACGUACUACUAGAGGAGUGGAACCCCUUUUUGGAAUGUGUGAAAAUUUUUUACAGGAAGUGGAUUCUUUUCAGAGAUGUUUUAUUUCUGACCUGCCCCAUAUGCAAGACAGUUUUGUGGAUAAGCUGCUGGACUUAAUGCCCAGACUGGUGACCUCCAAACCUUCAGAAGCGGUGAAGAUCCUGCAAACAACGCUACGACAGAGCACCUUCCUUCACCUUCCUCUUCCAGAGCAGAUCCACAGAGCUACUUCAACUAUUAUUGAACCUGCUGGCGAGUCUGAUAACCCUUUGAGGUUUACAUCAGGACUCGUGGUGGCAUUGGAUGUUGAUGCAACUCUGGAACAUGUGCAGGACCCUCAGAGCACAGUUAAAGUUCAGGUAUUAUAUCCAGAUGGUCAGGCACAGUUAAUCCACCCUAAACCAUCUGACUUUCGAAAUCCUGGUCCUGGAAGGCACAGAUUGAUAACUCAGGUUUACCUUUCUCAUACUGCCUGGACAGAGCCCUGUCAGAUUGAAGUGAGGUUACUUCUGGCGUACAACUCCAGUAAGAGCAAAGCGUCCACUAGACUCUCAAAAUCCACCUGGAUUGACAGCAUGGAGGCUCUUCCACCGUCUGAAUAUGGCAUUGAGGGAACCAUACCAUUCAGCAAACCUGUCAAAGUGUAUAUAAUGCCAAAACCUGCCAGACGGGCCCUGGUUUGAAAACAGCCUGCAACAGAGUUACCAGCUAACUGCUGUGUGGCGGCCUAAGUUCAGUUCCCAGCGGACAGGGUUUGAUGUACAUCUCUCAUUAUGAAGCUGUAUCCUGGGCAAAUUCUUGAUGUAUUGAGCUACCUCCUGACAGAUGUUCUUACCCUUGUUUUACACUUUGGCAAUAUUUGUAUAGUUUGUCCUCCCAAUAAAAAAUUUGGAUUCAA